GCAGAUGUCGCUGCGCUCUUCCAAAAUGGCGCUGUAUGUAGCUCUUCUAUCGAAAUAGCAAAAUUAUAAGGGACUUCAGACGGGCAUACGGAAGCCGUCGAUCAACGUGUAAGAUGUCGUCGAGGUACACAAGUCAUCUGAAUUCACGGAGAUGUGAUGUUCAGUUACCAGCGUGCAGCACAGCGUCGUCGGUGUUUGCGUAAAGGACGGACUGUCGGUGCUGCCCGACCCGGGCAGCCUCUGGAAGAGCAGGAUGCUGACGGCCCUCAAGAAGCUGGUGGGCAACAAUGAGGCAGCUGGGGGGAAGCCCCAGCCUCCGUCCGGCAUGCAGACCAUGGAGCAGAGCCUCCAGAAGAGGUUCGCCAGAGGGGUGCAGUACAACAUGAAGCUGGUGAUCCGGGGCGACCGCAACGUGGGCAAGUCAUGCCUGCUUCUUCGUCUGCAGGGCCAGCGCCUCAAGGAGGAGUACCAGCCCAGCGAGGAAAUUCAGGUUGCCAGCAUCCAGUGGAGCUACAAGGCCACGGACGACGUGGUGAAGGUGGAAGUGUGGGACGUGGUGGACAAGGGCAAGAAGCGACGACCCAUCGAGGGACUCAAGCUCGACAAUGCUGGCAGCCCCGAGGCCGGCGUGCCGGAGGAGCCGGCUCUCGACGCGGAGUUCAUAGACGUGUACAAGGGAACCAACGGAGUGAUCAUGAUGCUGGACAUCACCAAGCAGUGGACGUUCGACUAUGUGCAGCGGGAGCUGCCCAAGGUUCCUGACAACAUUCCAGUUCUCGUGCUGGCCAAUCACCUAGACAUGAAGCACCACAGGAACAUCACUGAGGACCAAGUGCGCUUCUACGUCGAAUCCAUCGAGCGACCCGCCGGAAGCGCCCAGAUCCGUUAUGCAGAGUCAUCUCUCCGCAAUGGGUUUGGUCUCAAGUUCCUGUACAAGUGGUUCAACCUGCCUUUUCUUCAGCUUCAGCGGGAGUCUCUGCUGCUGCAACUGGAGCGAAACGCUCACGAGACAGAUGCGACCAACGAGGAACUGGACAUACUGCAGGAAUCCGAGGAGCAGAACUACGACCUGUUUGCGGAAGCCUUGAACAACCGACGCAGGGAAAUUGCGGACCAACUCUCGUCCGCAUCCAAGUUUGCAGAGGCGGCGUCUCCACAGAUGGUGGUCAAUGGAAUGCCUUCGAGCGCCACCACGGUCAACUUGGCAUCGGAGACGAAGCCGAGUGGCCCCCGGUCUGCCCCGCCUCCUCGCAGCGUGUCCGUGCCCAGCUCCCUGGGAGCCCAGGAGGCCAAGAAGCAGGCGGCCACGAGGGCCCAGGCCCCCACAACCCCUGCCGCCACCGCUGCGUCCCCCGUGGUGGCGCCCCAGCAGGCCGGCGGAGCGGUGAGAUCGCUGUCCCCCACCGACGAGAAGGCUGCCAAGUCCGGCGCGGCUUCUCCCACAGGAACCACCAAGACCCCCACGAAGCAAGGCGGCCUGAUGUCCAAGCUGUUCAAAAAGGCUGAACGGGACGACCCCAUUGUGGUUCGGGCAAAUGUGCACGCACCCCCAACCGGGGUCUCCUCGGCGGGUCCCGUCGGGGACGUGGACGACUUUGUGCCGGACGACGGGGAUGGCAGCUUCAACAGCUUCCUGGACGACCGGGACCCGGAUGGCGGGGCCACCCCCAGCACCGUGGCCGGGGAGGAAGACAGUGCCAGCGACGACGAUGAGGGCAAUAACCCCCUGGUGACCGGCUUCCAAGACGACGUGGACCCGGAGGACGUGGUGCCGUCCCGAGCGGUGGGGGACCCCGUGCCCGUCCUGGCUUCCAAGGAUUCCAGUGACGAAGAGGACACCUCGGUCGUGCAUGGGAAAGACCCCAACCAGGACCUGUCCGGAGACUCGUUUGUGUCAAGGGAGGAGAUCAGCCGGGAGGAUCCCGACGGCACGUCUUCCCCCGCGGCGCCCGAGAAUGCGGCUCCUGAGACUCCCUCCUUCUGGAACAUGCCCACGGAGGACCUGACCUUUCUGGAGAAGCGCUACAGUGCCCUCGCUGCUCCAGCCACAAGGCAGCCGGUGCUCCAGAGCCAGCCGGAGGAACCCGGGGCGGAGGGCGACGUUGCCGUGCCGGCCAAACCCAAGAAGCACAGGCACAAGUCUAAGAAGGAGGACAAGGAGCGCAGCCAGAAGCACCGCAAGGAGGGGUCCUUCUCCAAGGGCACGGAGGAUGCCGAACGCAAGCCCAAGAAGAAGUCUCAGCGCAAGCAGCGCGCCAAGCCCUCUGCCGACGACAGUUCUUCGGACGCAGAGCGGCUGGAAGCCUUCCUGGGCGCAGCGGACGCCCCCGGGUUGGAGAGAGCGGCAGAGGCCUACGAGUCCCUCUGAGACGUCGCCGGCGAGUCUCGAGCGGAGGCCGUCGCCGCCGCUGCGGUUCCCGGGACGCGUCUCCGACCGGUGCGUUUACCGCAUCCUCGAAAGCAGCCUCUCGACUUCCGCCCGACUGCGUCGCAGAGGCGUCAUGCCGUCGCCGCCAUGUUCCCGGCGCUUCCGCAAGACCACUUUCGAUGCACAGGCGGGAUGGGACGCCAAACACGCCGGUCAGAGACACGUUCCAGGCAAUGCAACACUGCCGAGAGGGCGGACACGGCUGCGUCCUCGUGCGAUGGUCUGACGUCGACUCUGCAGCCAAACGGGGGACGAGAUUCCAUCUCCGAAAGGGACACUACGCCACGCGUUUGUCGACCGUUUGCCCGAAUCGCCGAGCCCUGGAAGCCUUUUUUGUUUUUCCCAUUGCUUCGCAGAAGCGAGGGCAACGGGCCAGCGCACGGCGGAAGUGGCGGCGAGACGACUGUGGAUGCUCGGGACAUGGGGCGUUGGUGCCACUGUAUGAAGCCAAUUGGUACGAGUCAGCCGUUCUGACCUAUUAUGUUUCCGUCGCCGGAAGAGAUGGCGAGAUGGGCGUUCCAUGGGAUGGUCUGGGCAGACAGUGGGCAACUCAAGAUUGUGUUGGAAAGAAAAUGUCUGUAGCACUUUGUGCGUGAGCGAAGCGGAAGCUACGAGGGCAAGCUUAGUGCUUUCGACGUCCCUUUCGAGCACAUGUGUUUGUGCGGUGCGGUUCGGGGCAGCUUGCUCGCGUUUGUAGCUUUGGCUUUGCUCGCACGAAGUGAAGCCAUCUAUAGCGGUUGGUAAAGGAAUCUAAACACGGUAGAGCAGCUCAAGGCAUACCUCAUUAGUGUCCGUCAUUUGAGAGUGCACGCAUCGGCAAUCGUCCCAUUCCACGACUACGAUGGCUAUCCAUCACUGACAUUGCAGUAAACUCUCGCUCGUCAAGUUCUGAAUUCUCAACAAAGAAAUUUAUGCAGAUUUUUGCUACAGCGAACUUGGCUUUCCAGAGAAGAUAAGCCCUAUGCAGCGAGAUUUUACUGCAACGGUAAUGACUGUAUUGGUUUUCGAUGUACUGUUAUUGAUCGUUAGCGUGUCCGCUGUGUUUUCUCGGAGCACGUGUAGCUGCACAAUUUAAGAGUGCUCGCAGGUUUACUUUUCUAUUUGCAUACAGUAUGUUGUUUAUUGUUGGUCUGCAUGAAAUGGAAAUGUGUGAAAGGGUACAAAGUUGAACUUUGGGUGGUUACGUUUCCUUGUUCCUCUAUAACUGAAGACAGCCGCAGUUGGAAUUUGUGUCUAGAUGAGCACGAUAAUAGAGUCCUUGAGCUCCGCAUGUCCAGGUGGUUCUAUGGUCCCUGCAUGAAAUGUGGUUGCAUUUCGCGAUAGACUAUAGAACUCGAAUCUUAUCGAACUGUGAAGAUUAAAAAAUGUGAAUGUUUCCAUUUAUAGUUAUAGCAAUAUAUUUUUUUAUGGAUGGAUCUGGUUUAGUUGGACGCAAAGAGAAGUUAAUUUAUUCUGUUGUGGUUGCACUCAUUCUUUACCUCGUGUAAGGGGUUGGCAUCCUCUGUUGCACCCUUGGCUCAAUUCCUUCAAAAGGUAGCAAAAAAGGGAAGGAACUUGUGAGCUCCGAACAAAACACAUUUGUAAAAGGAUGCACAAACCUUUCUGUGCUCAAUAACAGAGGAAACAACCAAAAGCCCUGUAAAACAGACUUUGUUCCCUGCACCCUUAGUGCUUUCAUCUAGACAGUCAUCUCCCCUUGAUAUGGCCCAACUGUUUCUCGGAACUAAUGGGAUGCACCUAACUGCAUGCCACUGAUCAUAGAUAUGCAGUCCAAACUGAUUCGAAUGGAAUGAGCUGAGUCAUUCCUCACCUUCACAAUGUGAAGAUGACGCCAGGAAUGCCACCUGCCCCUGCAUUGCAAGAUCUGCGGUUGACACUGAAAUAUUCGACUAAGCUUUUGCUGAACUUAACCGAGCGAACAUUGCUGUCGGCAUCUGAAGAAAGUUCGGCAAGUUGUUCCCUCCAAGCGGUGUAACCCUCUUCUCCACAAGCAUGUUUAGCUUUUUCUUGCUUCCAGCCUUCAAUCUCUCACUGUCCCUUUAGCUCCUUUUUUCUGUCAAGCUGUCAUUGGCAAAGAGGGCAUAGUAAAAUGACCAGACUAUAAAAUGGAUGCCGCAAGAAAGCGUCGUUUUGGUUCAGCCUCGUCAGGUGCAUUCUUGUUUCUUUUUAAAUUUACAUGGGCAAUAACCAACGGAGCAUGCAUUCUAAUGCUUCAAAUUUGAAAGCUAAAACGUCUCCGGUUCUUAAGAAAUAAAAUAUCAAAUAAGCACAGCAUAUGCUGGCAGAUUUUCGGCAAGUGUUGAUUGUAACAGGUUCCCUUCUUUUUUCUAUUGUAUUCUAAACCAAAAUGUUAUAUUGCAUUAAAAAAAACACUUCAUUACUGUAAGAAUUUUGUGCAAAUACUCGGAGGCUUGAAUCUAGGGGGCGGUCCUUCCAGCAUAGUAAAUGUCUUCAGGAAGCAAUGUAUUUUUCCUCAUUCCUUUUUUUUGUUUGCUCUAAAACUCAACCACGCUAUGCCACUCACUAAAUUCACAGCCCUUUCUCGGAUACCGAAUUAGGCCGAAAACAUCCAGCAGUUUUACUAAAGUUAUCAGCCAUGCCAAACUAUGAAGCACGUAUUCCCAGCACCGCGGGUAACACAGCUGGAGCGAGAGGCGCGUUGACACCACACGACACAGCACAGCCUCGUCAUUGGCCAACUGCAGCUGGUGCUGUCUGCUGUUUUCAAAACACUUUUCAAUGCCAAAGGUUUGACUACAGCAAGAAAGUAUUCCAUGCUUUCAAGGGCCGAUUAAAAGAAAAGAGAGGAAGGGCUAAUUUAGUUUGCAAGAACUGUAUUGUGCAAAUGGAGUCUAUAAGGAUGGGCAACCUCUUGGGGCCAUGCGGCUACCAAUUCCGCGGCCAGUCGAACCGUACAACAGAUCUUGCUUUAGUAGCGGGGUAUUUUAGAGUAUCCACAAUCAUACUUGUCACCAGGGUAAUGACUUGGAGGCAUCUGUUACAAGAUACAAGCAGCAUUCCUGGAUUCAUUUUAAACCGGAUUCCGGAUAUUUGGCAAGAUCGGAGCACCACGAGAGGCUGCCCUGUUUCUCUUGCGAAAUUGUUCCAUGGAAAACAAACGCCUACAGGACAAGUCGUCGGUGCUCGCAAGAACGCUAUCUCGUGUGCAGUGGUGUUGGUGCAUCUUUUUAGGAUUGUUCACACGAGCAACUUUCACUAGCCCAAGUGUGCCAAAGCAAGAUUCCUUUUGCCCCGUGUGUGCAUGCAGGUUUUGUUACUUUCUGCGAGAUUCAGCUGUACAACAUUAAAGGAUAUACUUCUAAUUUAAUGCAUGGUUUGAUGUCAUUUACAGCUCGUUUCACGAUGGCGAAUUAAAGGGCUCGCAACGAAGGCACGAAAAAUCUUCUGGCUCAGUUGUGUUGUCAGUGAAUAAAUGAUAUCCAACUGAAA